AUGAGCCGUGUGUAUGUGACUAUCAUGAAAAUAGAAGAAACUCCAGAUAAUGCUCAGAUAAUAGUGCAGGAAUAUAAGACUGAUAUACAGGAUUCUCAAUUAGUGGAGGAAGAAAUACAAGAGGAAAGCAGUAGUGCUUCAGACUUGGAUAAUCUCACCUAUGUUCCGGAGUCCUACAGUUUGUCCUUACCAUCAGAAGACUCAUACCACACGUUAGUGACCGAUGAUGAUGAUGAUGAAGAUGAAGUUGAUGACGACGUUGACAAUGACGGUGACGAUAAUAAUGAGGAUGACGAUGAUGAUGACGAUGAUGAUGAUUUUGCUGAUGAUGAAGACGACGAUGACGAUGACGACCACGAUGAUGAUGAUUAUGCUGAUGACGACGUCGAUGAUGAUUACAAUGACGAUGACGAUGACGGUGACGAUUACCAUGAAGAUGAAGAUGACAAUGACGAUGACUAUGAUGAUGAUGAUGACAAUGACGAUGAGGAUGAUGAUGACAAUGACCAUGACGACGAUGAUGAUGAUGAUGACGAUAUGAUGAAUCGAAUUCAUCGAAUCCAAUUCAAAGAGUAA